AUGCAUAACAAAACAUUGACAAAUCAAAUAUUAGAAGAGCUAAAAGAAAAAGAAUGGAAAUCAUUUACGAUUGGAAAUAGUUUAAGUGGUGAAAAUUCAACUUUAUUUAUAAAAUCAAAUUUUACACAUGAUACCUAUUCAAUGAUUAUAUCGGAUUUAUCAUUAGUUUGGAUUAAACAUUCUGACUCUACUACAACUUUAAAUGAUAAAAAUAGAUUUAAUCCACAUUUAGAUUCACCAACUGAAAAGAUUCUUAGUAUAUUAAGAGAAUCAAUAAUUGAAAAAAAACCUGAUACUGCAUAUAGAAUUUCAAUAAAUAAUUCAAAUAAUUUAGUAUUCACAAUAUCAAAUAAGAUAUCAUUUUAUACAUUUAAAUGGAAUUUUGAAUGUGAACCAAUUGAAAGUAUUAUAAAUUCAGAUUCAAGAAAAUCACAUUCAGAUUUUAUUAGAGAUCAUUUAAUUAUGCCAUUAAUGUUUUGUUGUAAGAAUCAACAAAUUUCAAACCAACUUUUAACAAGAAAAUUAGAUAAAAUUGUAAAUAUUGCAACAUCAACAUCAACCUCAACUUCAACAUCAACAUCAAAUAUUAGUAGUACUGGUAGUAAUAUAAAUAUAAAUAAUGGUGGUGUUGCUACAUUAUCAGUUUCUAUUGGUACUGGUGGAAGAAAUUUAAAAAAUAAUAAUAAUUAUAAAAAAGGUGGAAUUAUUAAUAUAUAUCAAAAUAUACUUUCAGAGAAUCAAAAAGUUGAAGAUUUCUCUGAAAAUGAUUUUAACUUUUUUAAUGACCCAAUAUUUUUACAAUACUAUAAUCAUUUAUAUCCUGAUCAAAACAUAAAUAAUAAUAAUAAUAAUAAUAAUAAUAAUAAUAAUAAUAAUAAUAAUAAUAAUAAUAAUAAUAAUAAUAAUAAUAAUAAUAAUAAUAAUAAUAAUAAUAAUAAUAAUAAUAAUAAUAAUAAUAAUAAUAAUAAUAAUAAUAAUAAUAAUAAUAAUAAUAAUAAUAAUACCAAUAAUAAUGAUUAUGAUAAUAAUCAAACUGAUUUAAAUUCAACAGUUUUAGAAAUUGAUUCAAAUGAUUUAAAUAUUAAAAAUUCAACAAAAAGUAUUUUUAAUACUUAUUCUAGUAAUAUACCUAUUAGUCAUACAAAUUCAACAACAACUACAACAACUACUUCAUCUUCAAAUGGUAUAAUAACAAAUGAACCAUUAUCACUAUUUUAUGAUGUAGAAUUAACACCAAAAAAGAAUUAUAAUUUAAAUAAUAAUAGUAGAAAUAGAACAAAUAAUAGUACAAUGACAUCAUUACCAUCAUCAAUAUCAUUUAUACCAUUUUUAAAUUCUCAAACUACAACUAGUUCAUUAUCAUCAUUUGCAAAUAUUCAUAAUGAUGAUAAUGAUAAUAAUAAUGAAAAUGAUACCACCACCAACAACAACAGAAAUAAUACAUCAAAUAAUUUAAAAGAACAAUUUGAAAUUUUACAAAAACAAAAUUCACAAGAAUUACUUGAAGAAAAGAAAAGAAAAUUAGAAUUGGAAGAAAAACUUGAACAAUCAAAACAAAAACAAUUAAAUAAAAAAAAGAAGACAAAAUUUGUUUAA